ACUAUAGACGCCGGGGUGGUGGUGGUGGUGGUGGGGCUGACACACGCACGAAAGUCGUGUCUGCACGGUGCGACGCCAUCUCUUGUGAAUGUAUAUUUCUCGCCCGUCCCUAUAACAACGCGAGAGUCACUUAUAUUUCUUUCAUCUCGGCUCUCUUACGUCUACACCACCUCUUCCUUUCUCGGGUUUUUAUUAUAUAUUCCAAUCUCCUCUCCGGCUACUUUCAAUUCAGUUUGACUCUCGCCAUCUCCCCCUCCUUUCUAUUUGUCCAAUUCAAUUGAAUUUUCAUUUUCUUGUUGCUGCUGCUGUUGACAUUCGAUUCGAUUUCCCCCUUUUUUUUUGGGAACAUUGGGAGCUUGUGGGAUCGUCUUUCUUCCGCGUUCCCGUACGUAUAGCUGCUGCUCUUGUUUUCCGUGUUAUAUGCUGCUGUAUAACUGACAGUGUCAAAGUGAUAACAAACAAAAAACCCCACAGGGGGGAAACUUGCUCAAAACUAAACCUCUCGAGCCGCGUCGUUUCGAGUUGCUUUCUUUGCAUUUUCUUCCUGGAGAUUGUGAAGAAGGAAUAAAAAAGGAAGGAUCUCUCGACGUCCGACCGAUAGGAGUAACACACAAGUGUCAGCUGCUCCCUGUGUCUGUGUGUGUGUGUGUUUUCGUUACGCAGUGCCGAAACGACUCGAGUUUGUGUGUGUGUGUUUGUUACAUCACCAAUCGAGUUGAUCGCCGACGAGUGCAGUUCUCUUCAUCAGAUUAGGAGUGGAGAGAGGGGAAAUGAACAACAUCUUCACGUUCACGGUAGCUGGACAUUGAAGAAGAAAUCGAUUGCGUCCAUCCAUUCAGGAACACUCUCAUUCAGUUCUAUAUACACGUCGCUCUCUCUCUCGUUGCUGAUUGGAUCGGAUCAUGACGAUCCUGGCAGCUGUUUAUAACCUGGCCCUGAUCCUCUUUAUCGCCUUACAUUUGGCAGUAGGUGGCGCAUUGACGUUCGGUGUUGGAAUCUACGCCGGAAUCUACCUCAGUCAAAACUACCAGAUUCCGAGAGUGGACGAGCCAAAAGUCAUGUGGGAGAAGAUCCAGUCGAUCAUGGAGCAGUACAGGAAACCUCCGCCAUCAGGCGACAAAUGAAAACUAUAUAUUUCUCUCUCGCUGUAUAGUUGUCAAACCCCCGACCGUUUACAUCUUUUUUUUCCGAUUUGAAGCCAACUUCCAAAAUUGACAUGAAACUGUCAGUGCCAGUCUUGUUUUUAGGGAAUCUAAAAUAAUAAUACAGAAAAUGCCAAUUGGAAAAAAAAAAGUUGCAUUUGAAAAUCCCGCCUCUUGGCUGAUGACGUAAACAAGACACAGUAACAAGACAGUCUUUCCGGGAGUCUAUUAAAUCUUUACCGAGAGUUUUUAAACUACUUUGAAGUGCAAGGUCAAUCUCUUUUGGGCGCGAUUAGAUAUUCAUGUCGUAUGUUCGAUUCAGUAGAUUGGAAACAGCUAAUGGGAAAACGGUGGGUGGUCUCUGACGCAAUCCCUUCCUACGUGUAUUCUGUCGUCUUCCGGUGUUCGACAAGAUUGGAUAUCGACUCCGUGUCCCGUUAUUGGUUUACCGUCGUUGCAUGUGGGAGGAUGUUUUGAAUGAGAGUCCAGCGAAUAUGUUUUGGCCAAGAGUCCUGUCAAGGGGUACACGUAAGGAAUGUAAUCAUUCACGAAAUAUUCAAAUGCGUCGUCUCUGUGUGAUCCUUCGGGCAACCUUUGUGGCAUUGUGGGCGAUUCUCGUCCACCGUGAAACAUCGUCCAAUUGCCGAUCUUGACAUCUGAGGGAGAUUGAUCUUUUUAAAAUUGAUUGGAUGACAUAAGGUCAACCAUUUUUUGAUAAAAGUUGAAUCGCUAGCUGAUGAUUGAAGACUUGUGUAAUCGUUCGCGAUUUAGUUUUGUAGUUAUGAAUGAAAAGCGGUUUAGUUGAAAUCUUCAAAGAACAUUCUUGGCUUUUUAAUUGAAAAACGGACAUCUGUGCCAAUUCCUUCAACCGUCUGACAUCUUCAAAGGUUAGUUAUGCGUGUUACUACUUUCGUCCCAAGUCUAGCCCAAUCAAAUGUUUAAUUAUUAAUGCUGAAUUAUUACUUUCAAGAUAAGCCUCGACAAAAUUCCCGUUUGUCGUGUUAAAGUAAUAUAAUUUUGAACGACCGUUUUCCGUGACUCUUGGUUUUUAUCAGAGAUAAAAAGCAAAGCUGUAUUACUCUUGCUCAAUUUUGUGUACGUGAUUUGUUCAUUUGUAACGCGUUGCUUUAUUAUAUUAUGCCAGUUUAGUUCCGAACGUUUGGUUUCAACCAUGCUGAAACUCAUUUUCUUCUUAUUUUCAGUGAGGCUUCUACAGUUGCUGAUUGGCGGAUCCUCGGCUGCGUCGUGUCCGCCGUGUCCCCAGAGCGAUCCAGCAGUGGCUAAGGAACGGUUAAACAAUGAUUUCGAAAUUAAUGGUGUGUUCCCGUGGGUUGAUGAGUCCCAGAUUGGCGUUCGAUGGCAAAUCGAAAACCAGACAUCACCCUGGGAGUUUGAGAAUGUAGCGCCUCAACCGCUCACCGGUAGAAAUUAUCUAAGAGUCCAUCGCGGGCAGUCUUUUUCUUCGUUUGGAGUAGCAAUUCUUCGGAGCCAGACCUUUAGACUUCCAGCAUGCCAAAAUGAUUUCUCUUUCUCGUUCUGGAUACGUUCCAAAUGGCCCCAAUUCACCAAUCUCGAGUUAUACAUGUCCAACAAUGGAAACGAAAGGCUGCUCAGCAGUUUGUACAAUUACUCGAGCAUUACCAAUGGGAUUUGGCGAUCUCAAUCCGUUCUUCUUGAAGGUGAACCAGCUUCUAAUGUUUCGUUGGUGUUUUACGCUUAUUGCGGCACAGAAAAAGAAGAUGCUGUUGCCAUCGACGAUUUACGAUUUUCGUCUAAACAGUUGACAGUCACAUCGCCUUUUUGGACGACAACUUCUAAAUCGCCAACUAGUACUAAAUCAGCGGGUAAAUUUUUGACUGAACCAACGACUGAACCAACUACUGAACCCCUGAAUGCCUAUACAACUGAUACAAUGACGGACCCAACAACCGACCCAACAACACAAACUACUCCAUCGACGACUACACCAGCGACUACAAUCGACCCACCAACUGACUCACCAACCGACCCACCGACUGACCCAACAACCAACCCAACAACACAAACUACUCCAUCGACGACUAUACCAACGACUACAAUCGACCCACCAACCGACCCACCGACUGACCCACCGACUGACCCACCAACCGACCCACCAACCGACCCAACAACACAAACUACUCCAUCGACGACUACAUCAACGACUACAUCAACGACUACAACCGACCCAACAACACAAACUACUCCAUCAACGACUACAUCUACUGAGCCUUGCUCUUGUCCUACGGUCGAACCUUGUUACUAACCCACUUCUGCGUCGUGCAACGGUAAAGCCACAUUGUCGGAAAUAACAUUCGUUCUUAUUCAGGAGUUCAAUUUCUUCAGUUAGUCAUUCAUAUUACCACUUGAAUAACUAUUCUAAUUUCUUACAAUUAUAUAAUAAUUCGUAAUAAUUAAUUACGAUUGAAAUCCCGCAUGCCGAAAGAUUAAGAAGAAACUGAUUUCAUUUACUGAGGCUGCUGUCACUGCUGUAAAUGAUCUAAAUACCCACAACGAUUUACCCAACAAAUAAUAAAUUAAAUUUUAGCUACCACC